AUGGCGGACCCGAACCUGAUUGCUUGUUUAUAUCCUGUGGAUGGCGACAAUGACGCAUGGAACGCGAUUCAUCUGAACAGGGAUAGUGUGCGGUACCUCCCCCAGCAAACCGAGCCAGCCCCAGCGCUGGGAAGGCGGGGCAGCCAGGAGUCCAUUGCUUCGACGGCGGCUUCGGUAUCGGCUUCGGCAUCGGACUCGGCUGCAGAGGAGAAUGUUACAGCUCACCAUGGACUCCAAUUGACAUUCGACCACAAGCCCAAAACCGGGCAAGGCUUUUUACUCGGACGAGAUGCAAACUCUUGCGAUAUUGUUUUGCCCAGCUCCCGUGGCUCAAAGAUUGGGCGCCGUCAUUGCUGCCUCACAUUCGAUGCACAGCGACGAUUAAUCUUACGGGAUCUCUCGCACCAUGGCACCAUCGUCACAUACGACAAGAAGGGAGGCGAGAAACGCCAACAUAUCGUCACUCACGACGACGACCGACGCGAGAGGUUUCACUACUUUACGUGGAUUCUAAGUGGCGAUGCAGCGCUGGACGCGAAGAACAUCGUCAUCAAGCUCGAGCAGAUGCAAUUCCGCAUCGUCGUCGCUAAGCAUGAUUCGCAUCUAGACCUGUACUACAGCAAUGUCGACCGCUUUCUCCAGGAGGCAAAUGCAAACGACGGACUGCAUCUCGGUGGACUGGGCAUUCAAAGUGCGGCUUCAACCGCGCUACCAAGUGGGACUCACACUCCUACUUCCCAAAGCCCAAUAUACAUCAAACAAUCUAGGCUGGGCAGUGGUAGUUUUUCGGUUGUGAGUCGUGUGUGGGAUGUGAGCACUGGUUCUGUAUAUGCUUCCAAGAAGUUUGUGAACAUGACGCAGGCUCGCUGGAGGAGAGAAGUAGAUAUCACAAAACAACUCUCACAACUGUCAAACGAGCAUAUUGUGCGGUUUAUCGGUGUUGUUGAAACGCCGGUACCUCAGCUUAUUCUCGAGUAUCUUCCGCUGGGGAGUCUAGGAGAUCAGCACAGACGAGACUCGAUCACCGACCGGGAGAACUGUACAAUUCUGCUUCAAAGCCUCGAUGCCUUGACUUCCAUGCAUGAGGCUAAUAUCGUCCACAGAGAUAUAAAGCCAGAAAACAUUCUUGUUCAAUCUCGGAAGCCGCUCCACAUAAAGCUAUCAGACUUUGGCCUUGGGAAGUCCACUUCUGACCUGCAAACUAUGUGCGGGACACAUUGCUACACUGCACCGGAAAUCUAUACAAAGCGCCGUAAUGAACCGUACACCAAAGCUUGUGACAUCUGGUCGCUUGCUGUCGUUUUCUUCGAGUACUCCUUUAACCACUUUCCUAAUUCCAAGAAAACGGAUUUUGGAUCGGAGUGGUGCAAAGCAAUUAUCAAGCUUGCCAAGAGAUAUGAGUCUAAUUUUGUACUCGAUUUCGUGUUAACUUCAAUGUUGGUCAUAGAUCCAGCAAAGCGACUACCAGCUAGGGAGUGUUGGGACUUCUUUUUGCAAUUACCGUUAUCUUAUAGCCAAUGCUCGACUCCGACGCAAGGGUCUUUCCUCGAAAAUGAUUCUAAGGAAACAGCAAGCAUUCGCAGAACGUCGUCAAAUGCGACUCCCUCCGAAGCGAUUAAAGUUACGGCGCUGAACACCCCCGAGCACGAAACCUGCCGUGCGCCUGAGAACAGAACGCGGCGGCGCUGGGCGACUCCCUCAGAGGUACUUAUAUUUUCGCCACUACCUAUUUCUAAACACGGAAGCUCCAGUUUUUACGAAGACGGAAGCUAUAGUGCGCUCGAGAACAACUCGCGGACAGCGAAGGGCACCGUGGAUCACUAUUUGGUUGACCCCAAUACUGCGAAACAAGAGUUCGAAGAACUUAAAACUCCAAUAGUCCGCCGAUCAAAGCGAUUACGACAGCAAGAGGGUGACCUUGAGAUACUAAAUCCUUCAACUGCCUCACAAUCAAAAAGGGUCCGACAGCGUGACCGAGAGAUAGAACAUAAAAGCAUUGAAGCCACUCAAAUCUUCGGAGCAAACUGGUUGCGGGAUCCUAAUUGUGUCGGAUCUUCUGUUGCUGCCAUGGGAGAAGAUCUGGAUCAAUCGAGUGGAUUCAGCAGUAUGACAACCAACCAUUCGAAAAGUCGCGUUUCGGAAACCGCCAAGAGUCCAGACUGA